GGAAGCAUGGAGUACGAUCACCGCCCAUCCGGCUCACCUCCCGCUACGCCGCCGCUGAAGAGGAAGCACCACCAUCACCACUGCUUCACCUCCUGCUUCCGCCCCUCCGUCUCUCAGGAAGAACCCGUCUACGAGGAGCGAGCGGCCCGGUCGCCCACCUCGUUGAUCCGGCCGGAACACCGCGGCAAAUGCCUGGGCUUCGGCUACCAUUGCGGCGGGGGGAGGCACCGGCGUCGCCCCUCCACCGAGUUCAGGUACGACCCCCUCAGCUACGCCCUCAACUUCGACGAGGGGUGUGAAGUCGAGUCCCCCACCAGGGCCGAGCAACUCCGGCUCCGCUAUUUCUCGUCCCAGCUCCCGGCAUCGCCGUCGCGCAACGGCACCGGCACCGGCGGAUUGGAUGACCCUGACAGGGUUCUCAGAGUUGGUGGAUUGGAUGCAUCCUUGCGAUUCUCCUGAUUUGCCGGUUCUCUGUGCCACAGAUCUAAUUUGAUUGCAAUUUCCUUCCCCGUUUCUCUCAAAGCAGAUAACUAACCGGAGAACAUUAGGGUUCCAAUCCUAUUUCUCUGCUAUGAUAAGAAUGUGUAGAUGUUGAUGAUGGACGUCUUUAAAUUCGAUGCAUUUUUUAUCUUGCUGCCUUCUUUUGACGUUGAUUGGUUUCUUAAAAAUUGGACCUUUCCCUUCCUACUCUACUGAAUUAAUUCUUUCCAGGAAAUCAAAUUUAUUUUGGUAUCAUUUUUUGUUCUUUGACUGCAAAAUAAGGCCCAACAUAUCAUGUCUUGGAAGAUAGAUAAGCCAGUUCAAUAUAAAUCAGAAUAGUCCAUUUUGAAUUAGAAGACAAGAUUCUGCCUUUUCCUAUUGGAUUUGAGUUACAAUCGAAAAGGAUUCUUUGACCCGUGCCCCUCGGGACAUAUUGGAUUCAAGGAGUCGUGGAAUUGCUAAUCCUAUACGGCAGAGAGGUUUAUCUGUUGUCACUGAGAUCAGAUUGCCAAGAUUCAAGCUCACAUUAUUGCUCAUGGGUUUGGAGCUGGCAUCUAUCUUGGACCAAGCUUUUGAACUGUAAUGCUAAUUUGGGUGGUUUACUUGAAUUUAAUUGUUUAUUGUUCGCUAUUUUAGAGUUGGCCAUUUCGAUGAUGCUCUUAUGUUGUAUCCAAAUUUAGAGUAUGAAGGAAUUGAUACCGUCAUUUCAGCUAUUAAUUUUGGUUUGAGAAGUUGUAUUGUCCUCAUGAAUGUUCAAAUGUGAAGUUGGUUUCCAUAACAAGAAAAAUAUAUUAUGCUUGAUAUUGUUAUCACCACUACUCUCAUUGAACUGUGCUUAAAGUGCAAUAAGAUGAAAAGGGCUAGAAAAUAUAAACUAUUAGAUCAUCUGAUCUGCCAUUACACAGUCUUGUCCUAUGUCAUGAUUUCUGGUUAUCCCCAUAAUGUAAUUGAAGAUGCCAUUAACUUGUUCGGUGAAGUGGUCAAAGAAGGUGCAAAACCAAACUUGGCAUGGUGGUGAGUCCGUUUCGGCAUUUGCUGAUACCGGAGAAGCAAGAAAAGGCAGGUGGGUCGAUGGUAUUGUGUUCUGAUAUAACCUUCAGGUAUAUAUGAGUGGUUCCAAUUUGACUCCACACAUGCAUGCAAAAUGUGAGCAAAUCAGUAAUGUGAGGAUGAUUUUUUAUUCAACAUCAGACAAAGGCUUAGUUCCGUCGACACUUUGAUGAUGGGUUAUGUAAAUUUUGGUCUUGCAGAUGAAGCUGCUGUGUUGUUUCGGGAAAUGCUGAAAAAUGGUGAAGAGCCUACACGCUCAACUGGGUAGUUCAGAGCCAGGAAAUGAAAGUCAUGGGUUAUUUGGUUGCUCCACAGGAAGAGCAUUUCAGUUGCAUGGUUGAAUUACUUGGUCGAGCAGGUCAACUUGAAGAAGAAUACAGUUUGAUGAACAAGAGCUCUAGAACUGAGGUAAUUUUGCUCUUAUGUCAGAUGUGUAUGCUCAGACUGGUAAGUGGAGUGAAGCUGCAAAUAUAUGAGCUACAGCUAGAGAAAGGGGAUUGGAUAAAGUACCUGGCUAUGACUUGGUUGAAUUGUGUGAGCGUAUUUGUGGCACUUGAAAUCCUUGGAAAAUCUUUCAGAUUAGCAUUACAAAUUCAUGGAUUUUGUACAAUAGUAUAGGAAAAGUAUGUGGUGCUCAUUCUGUCAAGCGAAGCAAGACAUGCAGGAAAACCGAGUUAUUGGAAUCCUAUGGUAAUAUGAUCUGCACAGGUAUUGAAUCUAUUCAGAAUCUAAGUCUUAGUCCUUUCAAAUAUCAUAUCAGCAAUUAGCAUUUGGUUGCAUCAUAAGUUUUGUUGCCUAUACACAAGCAUUUUCAAUGUGACUAACCUUAUACAUCAUCAUGCAGUUUGUGUGAGUUGUUGGGCAAUGUUCAUGCCAUUAGUCUUCCCAAUGGAACAUAACUGGACUAAGAUGAAUGGUCAUCUGCAUCAUAUAUCCUAUAAACUAUAUUGCAGUGAAAUUUUUGCUAUACCAGCCU